UAGAAUAUUUGUUUUCAUUGUCGGCUGUGUGAAUUGAUGUCAAUUUGUUUUCUAACACUGUAGAUUACAAGUGAUAACUGUAAUGUUCAAGAUGAAACGGAUAUGUCAUCUCAUCUUUCGGCUGCUGUUUUUGCUUGACGGCGGGGUGUGGUCACUGCGCAAUCUGUCCAUCUCGGUACCCCGAGCAGUCCUCUCCGGCGAGGGUCAGUCCGCCGUUCUGGAAUGUUCCUACGAUUUGGAAGGUGCCCCGUUGUAUUCAAUACGAUGGUACAAAUCUGAGACAGAGUUCUACAGAUAUGUCCCGAGAGAGAUGCCACCGUCCAUGGUUUUUCCACUGCCUGGAGCGUCAGUUGAUUUGGCGCAAUCAGAUCGCAACCAAGUAAGAAUAGUGAACAUGAACCGUCGCCUCAGUGGUGACUACCAGUGCGAGGUGUCAGCUGACGCGCCUCUCUUCCACACCGACAUACGAUCAGCGCCGCUCACCGUCGUUGACCCGCCAUUCCGAGCCCCUCAUAUAUCCAUCUCGCGGGAUAGUUAUGCAAGAGGAGAUGUGCUGCGUGCAAACUGCUCAAUAGAUGAGGCAUACCCAGCCCCGAACAUCACUUGGAUUAUUGAUGAUCAUAAGGUUGCCGAAACAAUUUCUUGGCGAGUUUCCGAUAUAGACUUCAAGGAACGCGCUGCAUUUAGUCAACUCGAGAUCACAAUACUGGAAGCAGAGCACUAUCGGAUGGGCAUCACCUACACUAGCUCCAACCUGAACAAAGUAUACCACGAUCAUUAUAUCUACGAUAAAGAUAUGAAUAAAGAAGAUCGGGAAUUGUUGAGGUACACCGUUGUGCCUCCGGCAAGUGGCCAGUUCUCGUUAAGCUGUGUUGCGACAAUUUAUAACAUCUAUGCAAGGAAAAGCGAGCUUCUGUACAUUAAAGAGGAUGCUCCUCUUCCAGCUUCCGUCACCGGAGAAGAUUCCUCAGGUGUGACCGCUGCGUGCAGCGCUGCUCUGAUCGUCUUGUGCGCGUGCGCCUCCCUAUUGCCUUCGUUAUGA